AUGGAUUGCUACAUUUUGGUUUUAUUAGCGUGCAUGGCAGUUACCACGUCCGCGUGGUCAACGCCUUUCUACCCAGUGCACAGGGCACCACCAAUACGUGUAACGAGAUACGCACCUCUACCACACAGACAUAAGAUACCGAUUCGUCAGCAACAACCGAAAUUUGAACAACCAGAACCAACAAAAUGGGAUCGUCCAAAGCGCGAACAUUAUGAUUAUGAUGACUACGAAAAUAAAGGAACCAGUGGCGUUACAGGCCCCGUCCACACAUUCGUCAAAACUGAUAAAAACGCCAACUACAAGUGGGGAGUUCGACAUCAUGUUGGAAACAAGUACGCGUCCUAG